CAAGGUCGGCUUAACAACUCGGAAAGCCGGCGCCAAGUCGUCAAAACUUACCCCGAGCGCGGCUUACUCGAUGAAUUGAAGCUCUGCCGCGUUGAAGAUUGCAGUUUCUUUGCUGAUUCCGAGGGGUACAUCGCUGCAAUGCCCGCCUUAACACAUUCCGAAGUGUUGUCCGUAUUCGAAUCGCUCGCCCGAGAACUACUUGUCGCCUGCUGCGAGUCGCUAGACGCCGCCGCGCUUUUUAUCACCAACGGUGUUGAUGGCCGCAAGGGCCGCCCGCUUGAUGCUCAUCUAUUCGUGGUGAAGCACCUGCUGAUCUUGCGCGAGCAGACGGCACCCUACAGAUCAGCAGCUACCCGAAGUGGCCAGAGCACGAUCCACUCCCGCGAUUUCUCGUUGUCACUCACCAAAGUGCGCGACUCGGCCUCGAACUUCAUCUACAACAUGUCCACCGAUGCGUUUCUGGAGUUGCUUUUUAGCGUGUCGGCUCCAGUCCAAGUUUGUGAGGUGGUGGGUGAUAGUCGUCGUGUGGUCGACAACAGCCUACGAACAAGGUGCAACCAACUGAUCGACUGCUGCGCCGGCUUGCUGGCACGAGAUUUUGAGAAAUUGGUGGCCGACUUUGAACAAGAGGCUAAGAAAGAAGGGUUCGCCAUCGCUCGCUUCCCUCAAUUUUCAUCGGAGAAGAUCCGGGAUUGCGCUGCGGAAACCCAGCGUCGGUUGGGGAAAGAAUGGCCGGUGAUCCGCGCGUCUUUCUCGCUCUACAUUGGCGUGGCUGAGACGGAGGCCAUAUUGUUGCAGCCAGUGAAGAAGCGCAUCGUCGAUUUAUUCGGUCGGGCGGCCGCGCUGACCGCACGUUGGCUUGGUGAAGAGGGCGUCUCGAUCACGGCCAUUCCAUCGCCACAACACAUCCACCUACUCCUCAACAAAGCC